UUUGGAACUUAAAAAAAUGAAGGAAAAAGUGGAGAAAUUAGUAAUUUUUUCCUCUCCCCUUGUUUGAUUGGUGAGGAAACAAGAAAAUAUUGAAACAUAGUAGUAGUAAUUUCUUCCACAUUUUCCUCAAAGUUUCGUUCUCAUUUCUCAAUCACCUUUCUCUUCCUUUCCUUUCCCCAAGUUUCAAACAGUCUAGGGAAUCUGUUCUCACUUUGAGUCAUCCUUUUUUCCUUUUCCGAAUCACCGGAGGUAAAAAGUAAAAGAAAAAUGGACUCUUAAGUUGGCCGGAAAUCUAAAUUCUGGACCUUUUCGAAAAGUACUUGAAAAUCGUAGUUCUCCUACCCGCCAUCUAUAACAGUUUUAACGGCUUUAAUUCAAGUUCCUCAGCGCAUGAGUAGCGGAAAAAGUCUCUUGAAACCGAUCUCGUAUCUCUCUUACCUUUCUCUCUCACAGAGAUGCUCCACCAUGGACCAACUCAAACAAAUCCACUCCCACCUAAUCACCACCGGCCUCGCCCGUUUCACCUACACCACCAGCAAAAUCUUAGCUUUCUGUGCACUAUCCCAAACUGGUGACUUGAACUAUGCACACACAGUUUUUAACCAGAUUUUACUACCCACUACCUUUGAUUUCAAUGUCAUGAUAAUGGGUUAUUCCGAUAGCUCGGAACCCGAAAAGGGUCUCGCAGUUUAUUCGAGUAUGCAAAGAAAAGGGUUCGAGCCAAAUGAGCGUACUUUCCCUGCUUUAACCAGAGCAUGCUCUUGUGCUUAUGAAUUAUAUCAAGUUCAUGGUCAGACAAUGAAGCUGGGCUAUUGUUCUGAUGUUUAUGUGAUUAGUUCUCUUAUACACGUGUACUCAAAAUUUGGAGCGACGAAUGUGGCUUGUCAAGUGUUUGAAGAAAGUUCUAGCAGAAAUGUGGUUUGUUGGACUAGUCUUGUAAGUGGGUAUUGUAGUAAUGGGCUGGUUGAAAAGGCUCGUGAAGUGUUUGAUUCAAUGCCCCAGAGAAAUGAUGUUUCUUGCAGUGCCAUGGUUUAUGGGUAUGUGAGGAAUGAGGAUUUCAACGAAGCGAUUAAGUUGUUUUGCGAGUUGAAGAGUUGGGGUUAUGUGAGGCCUAAUCGGUCUCUUUUGGUGUGCGUUCUCUGUGCUUGCGCAGCUGUGGGUGCGUUUGAGGAAGGCAAAUGGGUUCACUCUUACAUAAACGAGCAUUUCUCAGAGCAUGAGGCUGAGUUGGGUACUGCGCUUAUAGAUUUUUACGCAAAAUGUGGACAAGUAAAAGCUGCAGAAAAUAUAUUUCGUACGAUGCCAUGCAAAGACGUAACAACUUGGAGUGCUAUGAUCAUGGGAUUAGCCAUCAAUGGGGAUAAUGAGAGGGGGCUUCAGCUUUUUGCAGAGAUGGAACAAAGGGGGCCAAAACCCAAUGCCAUAACCUUUGUCGGAGUUCUUUCUGCUUGCAACCACAGAACUCUUGCAAAUGAAGCCUGGAGAUUAUUUGGGUGCAUGGGUAAAAUUUAUGGUAUCUCACCGGUGAUUGAGCACUACGGUUGCAUGGUUGAUCUCUUAGCCAGGGCAGGACGAAUCAAAGAGGCAGAGAUUUUGAUAAAGAGCAUGUCAAUGGAACCGGAUGGAGCUAUAUGGGGGUCUUUGCUUAAUGGGUGUCUGAUUCAUGGCCAUGUUGAGUUGGGGGAGAGAGCAGGGAAACAGUUGAUCCAAUUAGAACCUCAACAUAGUGGUAGGUAUGUUCUUUUGGCAAAUAUGUAUGCUGCGAUGGGCAUCUGGGAGGUUGUAUUAAGGCUACGGAAUAUAAUGAAAGAGAGGAAAGUAGAUACAGUUGCAGCUUGGAGUUUCGUUGAGAUUGAUGGGGGUGUCCAUAAAUUUGUUGUGGAUGAUAAGUCUCAUUCGCAAUCAAGUGAUAUCUACAGUCUUUUGAAUCAGCUUAAUAAAGAACUAGUGUGGAGAUGCUUUUCGAAGAGAGUAGGACGGAGUGACCGGAGCAUGGCAUCCCUUUUUGACCAAAAGAGCCCCUGCCCACAAUGGAGCCAGACAAGAGGAACUUACAUGGACCUGACAAUAUGAGAGUACCCCAAACGCGGAUCCGCUGGAACUCUAUCAAUAUGGGCUUGAGUCAGGGAUCAGAGAAGGCAAAUAUGAUCUUCUAAUCGUACUCGGCCUUUCCCAGCUUAAUAUCAGCUUUCCAAUCAGUAACUUUUACUCAACAAUUUCAAUAUUGGCAUCUGUUCCAUGACCACAUCUAGCCGAUGGUGAAGGGUUAAUCUUUCAGAAACUAAAUAGAAGCCAAAGGAACUGAAAGAGUCGUAUAUCCCUAUAGGUUCCAACCGUUGCUCUGAUGUCACAGACCUACUCAGUGGCACUGUCUUGCCAGGUCCCAAAUCAUUAUCUGCGAGCUCAGUUUACAGGGUGGUGCCAAAAGAAACCAGAACGCAGGUUCAUUUUCUCUAUUUUGAUAUUGUUUACUUCUUCGAAGGUUGUGUUUGUCUAGAGGGAAAACAGCCAAAUGCCGGGCUACCUAUGAUGUGAGUUACUGGACAAUGUAGAAGCUGUGCCGAUGUUUAUUUGUAAUGCCAGUUACCCUUCACAAGUUCUGAAUCAAAUCCAAGAGUGCAAAGAAGGCCUACCCGAUUGCUUUUUAUGUCCUCUUAAAAGUUAAAGGCCCAUAUUGCAACAUAUUCUAGAAA